CAUCCAUACAGCAACCUAACCUACUUGCUAUUUAGAUUUAGAUCCCCGAUAGAAAUUUUUUAAUCGUCUUUUAUCACUCCUACGAGCCAGGAAAAGGGCAAGGGUUUUGAAGGUGGAGAUAGAAGAGAGAACUAUCUGUAUCCAUGGCUUCUGCUCUCACUUUAUCCUCAAGAAGCGCAACUACAUUUUCCUCAAUCUCCUCCUCUUCCUCUUCCAAAUUAGCGCCAACUUCUCAGCGAGGAGUGAGUGUUGUUCCCAAGGCUUUUGGGAGGGCGGAGAAAGGUUUAAGCAGCAGAUGCAGAUGGGGAUGGACAUCCCGCUCUCUCCACGGGAACAACUCCUUAAAGAGAGGCCUCGUCGUCAAUGCUGUCAGUGAACAACUUCCAUUGGUUGGAAAUAAAGCACCUGAUUUCGAAGCAGAGGCUGUUUUUGAUCAAGAAUUUAUCAAGGUCAAGCUAUCUGAUUACAUCGGGAAGAAAUAUGUUAUUCUAUUCUUCUAUCCUUUGGACUUCACCUUUGUCUGCCCCACAGAAAUCACUGCUUUUAGUGAUAGAUACUCAGAGUUUGAGAAGUUGAACACAGAAAUACUUGGGGUUUCUAUUGAUAGUGUGUUCUCUCACUUGGCAUGGGUGCAAACUGAUAGAAAAGCUGGAGGUCUUGGUGAUUUGAAAUAUCCCCUUAUAUCAGAUGUAACCAAGUCUAUUUCAAAGUCUUACAAUGUUUUGAUUCAUGAUCAGGGCAUAGCAUUAAGAGGACUUUUUGUAAUUGAUAAAGAGGGUGUGAUUCAGCAUUCGACAAUCAACAAUCUUGCCAUUGGCCGGAGUGUGGAUGAAACAAUGCGCACUUUGCAGGCCCUUCAAUAUGUGCAAGAAAACCCUGAUGAAGUUUGCCCAGCUGGGUGGAAGCCAGGGGAGAAAUCAAUGAAGCCAGACCCCAAAUUGAGCAAAGAGUACUUUGCAGCUGUCUGAAAUUUUUAAGAAUGUUAAGAUUAUGUUAGUUCUGUUCAGAUUGCUUGUAGUCCAGCAAGUUGUCGUAUUGUCUAUCAGGAGAUUUGAUAGUAGGUGACAAUUUUGGUUCGUCACCUACUUGGAUGUUCUUUUGAAUAAAUCUGUAUGUAUUGAAAGGUCUGAUUGUGAAAGCUUAUAUGUUUAAGUCAGCUAUACACUGAAUGGAUCUCAGCAGUCUCUGCCAUUGUUGGGAAUCCCUCUUCUAGAAGUGACUGAUUCUCAUGGUAGACUAGACAUGUAUGGUCGAGUUUUUUUCCUGGUUUUGCCAAUUCAGUGUAUAUGAGGAAUGAUACUUAAUUGUCUACUUUUAUAUAGCAUCUUUAAUUUUUUAAUCGACAUAAACCCAUUUGAGUA